UUUUUUUUUCCCGCUGCAGAGAUUUGGCUACGACUCUCGUGACUGGCUAGCCCGGCAAUCCCUGCGGCAAACGACAACAUCAUCUAUCUUCUCACGAUAAUUUUCGGUCCUGGUGCCGUCUUCCAGAAGUAUUUGUUCCCCCUUGAAUCCCUCCCCCUCGUCGAGGACGGUUUCGCCCGUCACACGCUACUCGACGACCCCGCGCCGGGCCAAACCUACGCCAAAGAUAUUUCCCUGCAGCGCCCAUUGGUACUCCGCACCAAGCUUCGACGACGAACCUCGUCGUUGACCAACUGCCGCCGAAACUAUGGAGGCAGAGAUUGAUCUCUACGAGCUCCUGUCCAUCGAGCGGGACGCCUCGGGGGACCAGAUCAAGAAGGCCUAUCGCAAGGCCGCCCUGAAGUACCACCCCGACAAGGUCCCCGAGGAGCAGCGCGCCGAGUCCGAAGUCAAGUUCAAAGAGAUCACACAAGCCUACGAGAUCCUCAGCGAUGACCAGAAGCGCCACCUGUACGAUGCCCACGGCAUGGCCGCCUUUGACGGGUCGCGUGGAGGCCCUGGCGGCCCCGAGGUCGACCUCAACGAUAUCCUCUCGCAAAUGUUCGGCUUCAACAUGGGCGGUCCCGGUGGACCGGGCGGCCCCCGGCGUCCUCGAAGGGGACCCGACGAGGAGCAAGAGUACAAGGUGACGCUGGAGGAGCUCUACAAGGGCAAGACUGUCAAGUUUGCCGCGAACAAACAGGUCGUCUGCGGCCAGUGCAAGGGCUCUGGUGGCAAGGAAAAGGCCAAGCCCACCUCGUGCGAACGCUGCAAGGGCAACGGCAUGGUCGAGGCCAUCCGCCAGAUCGGCCCCGGCAUGAUGCGGCGCGAGACCGUGCUAUGUGACCACUGCCAGGGAUCCGGCAACUUUUUCAAAGAGAAAGACCGCUGCAAGAAGUGCAAAGGCAAGCGCACGGUCCAGGAGAAGAAGGUGCUCGAGAUAUACAUCCCGCGCGGCUCCAUGCAGGGUGAACGCAUCGUGCUGGAGGGCGAGGCCGACCAGUACCCCGAGCAGAUACCCGGAGACAUUGUCUUCACCCUUGUCGAGGAGGAGCACGACACGUUCUCACGCCUCGGCAACGACCUAUCCGCCGAGCUCAACAUUACGCUGGCCGAGUCGCUGACGGGCUUCUCGCGCGUUGUACUGAAGCACCUAGACGGCCGCGGCAUUCUCAUCGAGCGACCGCGCGGCAAGGUUCUGCGACCUGGCGACUGCCUGAAGAUUGAGGGAGAGGGCAUGCCCAUGAAGCGAGGCGAGGUCAAGGGCGACCUUUACUUGCUAGUGAAGAUCCAAUUCCCUGAGGAUGACUGGUUGAAGGACGACGCUACCUACGAGGCUCUGCAACAGAUGUUGCCCCCUCCUCCGGCUCCGAUAGAGGCCGAGGAGGUUGACGAGGUUGAGUAUGAAGACGGCGCUGACAUCGAAAAGAUGGGCGAGAACUCAGGAGAUCCCCGGUUUACCAGCGAGUGGGAAGACGAUGACAUGGAUGAUGGUCAGCCUCAGUGCCAGACGCAAUAAAGCGAAUCAUCACCUUCUCGUCGGGUAAGGGAAAUGUGUUGUUAUAGAGCGAAUAGAAGGCGGGACGAGAGCCGUGGACAUGCGACAUGGACACAAAGACACGCUACUCCUCUUUCUGGUUUACGACUGAUGAUGACUGCGGGAUAGAGCCAUGGACUGGGACAAGCGGAGGGGUGCCAGGGAGUGGCAAUGAGGGGCAUUGUUUGGGAACCGGUUAUAGCAGAGGCGAUGAAGGUGCCGUUGUUGCACCCAGACGUCUUCAUGAGGGAGGCCGGUCUUGGGUGUAUUUUCCGCAUUGGGGAGUGCUUACCCCGUCCUGGAACAUCUGUUGCGAACCUGUACGGUUGCACUAAAGGAAUACUGUGACGAAGCGCUCCCGAAGGCCUCGCAGAAGUGACUGCCUGACUCAGUAGCUACAUUGGAGCUCCGGGCACGGGCAGAACGACGUGGUAGUGG